GUCAUGACGUCACGGGGUGGUGCGGCGGCGCAGGCGUAGCACGUCACCGGCAGCCGGGCGGCGAGAGGUGUUUCGACCGAGGUAUCCUCACGUCCCUCGCUCGGACCCCAGCAUCGGAAGCUUCUUUUGGGGCAUGAGCUGAGGGCACACCUCUGAGGCUAGCGGUAUUUCUUAGAGAUUGAUGGAAGCAGAAACCAAAACUCUUCCCCUGGAGAACGCAUCCAUCCUUUCAGAGGGCUCUCUACAGGAAGGACACCGACUAUGGAUUGGCAACCUGGAUCCCAAAAUCACAGAAUACCACCUCCUCAAGCUCCUCCAGAAGUUUGGCAAGGUGAAGCAGUUUGACUUCCUCUUCCAUAAGUCGGGUGCUUUGGAGGGCCAGCCCCGAGGGUACUGUUUUGUUAACUUUGAAACAAAGCAGGAAGCAGAACAAGCCAUCCAGUGUCUCAAUGGCAAGCUGGCACUGUCUAAGAAACUGGUUGUACGAUGGGCCCAUGCUCAAGUCAAGAGAUAUGAUCAUAACAAGAAUGAUAAGAUCCUGCCCAUCAGUCUUGAGCCGUCCUCAAGCACUGAACCUGCCCAGUCUAACCUCAGUGUCACUGCAAAGAUAAAGGCCAUUGAAGCAAAGCUGAAAAUGAUGGCAGAGCAUCCCGAUGCAGAGUACCCGGCAGCGCCUGUGUAUUCCUACUUCAAGCCACCUGAUAAAAAAAGGACUACUCCUUACUCUAGAACAGCCUGGAAGUCUCGGAGAUGAUGGUUGUGAAUUACCAGAGCAGCGAAAGCAAAUGUCUCCAUGUCUGAAGUCCUUCGCCUUUGUACUUUGUAGAUGUGAAUGGUACUACAACGGAGCACAGUCUCUUGUUAGGGCUGGUCACAUGACACUUGGGGUAUUCAUAUGGAUGUGUCUUCCCUGAACUGUCUGGAAUUGAGCACCAUCCAGAAUAAAUAGGAAUGUGUCCAAACUGUGAUGUGAACGCUGAGAUGCUCUAGUUGGCUGCUUUGUUUGGAUUUGUACUCCAUGAACACAGUGUGCCAGAGAGAAAAACAAGCAUACAAAGUCAUUAUUUAAAUCAGGAAGCUAAAUUUAUUAACAUCCACCAAAAACUUUUGGCAUUUUUACGUAUACACAUCUUUUCAACAUAAGCAAAAAGAAAGGGCGAGGGUGGGAAGUGAGAUAUAGUUUUAGAACUGUUUGGGAAUUUACUGUGGAAAUCCUUCAGUCGGACGAAAGAGAAUUCUUGGCAAAAAGCAACUGAUCCCUUGAGUGAAUGUUGUAGCAAUCUGUUUAAGAAUUAUGCUUAUUAUUUCCAAAUCUCAAUUAGGAAAACAUGGUGUAUGUCUUCAAAUUGUUGAUGUGAACAAAGUGUAGAAUCAACAUUUAGCAAUUUACACUACAACACAUACUCUUCUUGGAAAUCCAGGUUUUAUCCUCUGGCAAUCAUGGUUUUGAAUCUGAGUAACCUCACCUUCUGUAAUACCAAAAUGUUAUUACCAACCUGGAUUUUAAUACACUUACUGCAUGAGAUUGUUUUAUAGCAUGAGGUGUUCCAGUUAGAAUCGUAUCAUGAUCAAUCUAGGUAGAAAAACAAAAUUUCUUUGAAAACCUAAAGUUUACUGUAUUGCUCACUCUCAAGCAUUACUUUCUAAAAGUCCUAUGGGGUUGUAAGAAGUGGCUGAGUGACCUCGUGCAGUUGAAAACGACAGUGCAGUGGGCACCGGAAGUCAGGAAGGCCAGUGCUCUGGCACCAAGACCGUAACACCGUAACCACAUUGUUGUGUCGUUUCGGAAGACUGCACGGCUUUAAAGUGAGCCUUAUUCUGUCAGCAUGCUUCUCUUCUCUCCAGAUAACUGUCUCUAGCAUCGGGACAUGCACAAACGGACAGCCUUGGGACGUGUGUCUUCAGCCUCGUGUUGAUUGUUUUGGUGCCAGGCAGGCUUGACAGACUGUUUCACUAGCAGCACCGUUCUUCACUGGGCAAAGCACUGUCACUGCAGGUGCCACCCGUGAUGACUUGGAUUGUAGAAACUCAAGUC